UCCCGUUUCGUACGUGUCUUGGCGUCAUUACCUCGCGCCGCUAGAGGCACAUGUCUAAUAACCACGUGUAGCUGCUGUAGUUUACGGCGAGCGCAGAGGGACAAGUGAGCGGAAAAGUCUUUACUGCAAUGGAGGGGACGUGUAAAGCUACAGCUACUCCUUCGAGGAGAAGUAGAAGAAGGGGAACCCAUCAGGAGGAAGACAAAGCAGAAGAACAUGGCGGGGCAGAGGUGGAGGGGAUAGAAGAUGAGAACAAGGUAGAGAAGACGAGGAAGUCUGAGGAGGGAGUGGAGGAGAAGGACAAGGUGGAGAAGAUAAGGAAGUCUCAGGAGGGAGUGGAGAAGAAGGACAAGGUGGAGAAUGUUGAGCAGAUGGAGGAAGAGCUGAAUGGGAAUCAUUGUGAGAAGAAACUGGAAGGGAUAGAUAACAAGACCUCAGAUGACCAGAAGGGGGUUUCCUCUUGCCGCACAAUCCUAUCUGAGGCAGAGACACCAGUGAAGGUCCAGACCAGACAAAACAAGUUGAAGGUUGCCCCCAAAAUUAAAAGAAUCGCUAAUACUAUCCCCCGGGGCAAGCCAAAAUCUGGACGUGUGUGGAAGGAAAACAAGAAGAGGUUCUCUGAAAUGGUAAAAGACCGCCCCCUCCGCACAUCCUGGGAGCUGAAAAUGAAAGAUCGUCAGGAAAAGAAGUUGCUCAAAAGUUUAGCCCAACAGUUAAAAGAUGAAAAAAAACAAGCAAAAGAAGAUAAAAGGAUGAGGCGAGAGGAGAAUUUGAGACGCCGUCAGGAAAAUGAACGCAAAGCAGAAAUUGUGCAAGUGAUACGCAACCCAGCGAAGCUGAAGCGAGCCCGCAAGAAGCAGUUACGAAAUAUUGAGAAGAGAGACACUCUUAUGAUGUCCCAGGCUGGAAAGAAGCUGUCACAGAAAAAAUCGGCACCUUCAAAGGCUGCAGGAAAAAAGACAUCUGCUACCAGCUGAGAGAGACUUCAAUGGUCUUUGGACUCCAAAUCCUUUAAAAGCCUUAAAAUGGUCACAUGCUGACUCAUCAGGAUCGCAUAUGCAGAUAAAUCCAAGACCGGUUUGCAGUCUUCACGUCUCUGCAUUGGAGAGGAAGAACUCCAAGCGGAAUUCCAUGUUCUGUGAUGUUUUAAAAUUAUAUUCUAGUACCUCGCCUGGCAGAUUUUAGUUUAUAUGUUUUUGCUAAGUGAAGCUGUAAGGAAAUAUACAAUGAAUUACACACAACUUGUUUGA